AUGGAUAAGUACACGGACAGGCACCACCCGGAGUACAUUCCUGGGACGUUUAAUGUGUUCUCGUCGCUAGAUUCCGAGGAAGAGCUGCAACCGACGGGCAGCAGGUUGAAAACGGACAAAAAUGGGGUUGUACUCAUACCACAGCCGUCUGACUCGCCGAACGAUCCGCUCAACUGGGCUAGAUGGAGAAAGUAUCUGCAUUUCGGUCUGGUGGCCUUCAUAACGGCGUUCACCGCUGCGACCAGCAACGACGCGGGCGCUACGCAGGACUCGCUCAACGAGUACUACGGUAUCUCGUACGACUCGAUGAACACUGGCGCUGGUGUGCUGUUCCUUGGAAUCGGUUGGGCUACGUUGUUUCUGGCUCCGCUAUCGUCGCUGUACGGACGGAAAAUAACAUAUCUGAUCUGCACUACUUUGGGUUUAUUGGGAGCACUGUGGUUCGCGCUAGCCAGGAGGACUUCAGACACCAUAUGGUCGCAGCUGUUCGUGGGGAUAAGCGAGUCUUGCGCCGAGGCCCAAGUGCAGCUAUCGCUGAGCGAUAUCUACUUCCAGCACCAGAUGGGAUCGGUCUUGACAGUUUACAUCCUCUGUACUAGUAUUGGUACGUUCUUAGGGCCGCUGAUCGCGGGUUAUAUUGCAUCUUUGAUCAACUUCCGCUGGGUAGGGUGGGUCGCGGUCAUCAUUUCGGGUGGUUUGCUGAUUGCCCUAUUGUUUGGUUGCGAGGAAACGUAUUUCGAUCGAAACAGGUAUAUGACUCCCCUCACUUGCACCGGAGUUACCAGUCCUUUCGAAGAUGAGAUAGUGGAAAACGGGUCAUCCGUCGACUCUGCAAAGGCUGAUGAGGCCGAGGCUGCAGAGAAGGCUGUAGGAGAGAGCAAAACCGAGCAGCUCGAAGCUUCAGAGGACCAGCUCAUCGACGGUAUGUCAGAAAAGUUGAAGCCAUAUCACAAGCGGGUUGCCCUGAUAACGAAGGGUGCUAACUUGAAGGGUUGGGGGUUCAAACAGUAUCCCAAGUUUCUGUUUUUUAACCUCAGGAUGAUGUUGUUUCCCCCUGUCUGGCUAUCGGGUCUCUUCUGGGGCAUUCAAGAUGUCUUCCUCACCUUCUAUCUCACAACUGAGGAAAGUUAUUUCUACGACGCUCCGUGGAACUACAGUGAUUAUGGGGUGGCCAUUAUGAAUGUGCCGACAUUGAUCGGCGCUGUGAUAGGGUGUAUAUACGCCGGUAUCCUUAGCGACCGUUUCGUGUUAUGGAUGGCUCGCAGAAAUAACGGUAUUCUCGAAGCCGAGUACAGACUGUACUUCUCGUUUGCGACUGCGUUGAUCGGUCCAGCAGGUCUGUUGAUGUUUGGAAUUGGCACGCAGCGAGUCCUUCCUUGGCAAGUGAUUUACGUCGGCCUAGGGUUUAUAGGUUUCAGUUGGGGUUGCUCGGGAGAUAUAGCCAUGGCGUACCUCAUGGAUUGUUACCCAGAAAUGGUUUUGGAAGGUAUGGUUUGCACGGCCAUCAUCAAUAAUAGCAUAUCCUGCAUCUUUACAUUCGUUUGCUCUAAAUGGCUGGAUGCUUCAGGAACGGAAAGGACCUAUAUUGCUUUGGCUGUGAUAAACUUUGGCAUCACACUUUUGGCUCUGCCUUCAUUUUACUAUGGGAAACGAAUCAGACUAUGGACAAAGAAAUGGUACAAUCAGUCAGUGGAUAUGAGAGACCUACUGUGA